GCGACGGGAAUUCCAGUUCGUAGUACGACCAAAGAAGCGAGAAACACUAUCAGGUUUUCACCAACGAGUUCUGUUAACAACGAUAAACUCAUGCGACCUCUUCUGUGGGUCAGUUUAAAUGUUAAAAUUACUAAAAAAUAAUAAUGUUUUAAUCAAAUCCGUGAAAAAGACAGAAGUUAGUACGCAGCAAAUACUUUAGUUAAAAAAUGUGCAAUGCAAGAACAUUAUUACAGGUGAUUUGUUUGAGUUUUGCUGUUAUCCAAAUAGUAGAUGGUAUAGAUUUUUCUCCAAGUAGUAACUACACAAGGGUACGUCGCCAAGCCAAUCGGGGAAAUUGCAGAAAACCAAAUUUCGCCUGUAAAUCUGGCGAAUGCAUCGACGAAGACAAAGAGUGCGAUGGUACCGUCGACUGCAAUGACGCUAGCGACGAAAGCAAUGCUUGCCAUAGAAUAAAGUGUCCUGAUUAUUUGUUUACCUGUAAAUACGGCGCCUGCAUCAACAAAAACUUGGAAUGUGACGGUAAAAAUGACUGCCGAGAUGGUUCCGAUGAAAAUACACCCAACUGUAGGAAAACCGAUCAAGAGACACCAGAGUGCAAAGAGGGUGAGUUUAGAUGUAGCUCAGGUCAGUGCAUCGACCAAGACAAUAAAUGCGAUGGUAAAGCGGAAUGUGAUGACCAUUCGGACGAAAUAAGGGCUACGUGUUGGAACGUGAAGUGUCCGGGAUUCACUCACAGGUGCAAAUAUGGAGCUUGUGUUAAGCGUUUAGCUGAGUGCAAUGGAGUUGUUGAAUGUUUCGACGGCUCGGAUGAAGAUCCCGCCAUUUGUAAGAAUUCGACGGUGGCCCCACCCGUGACACCGGCCCCUGUUCCUCCCAGACCAUCUCCAGGAGUCAAGGGUAGCUGCGUUUUGCCACAGUAUCCAGAAUUUGGAAAAUGGGCGAUUGUGUCAGCAAACGCUGCUAGAUAUUCUCCCGGAAUGUCAGUAAAUCCAGGAACGACUUUAAGGGUGGAAUGUCAAAACAGGUACAAGUUAGAUGGUCAAAAGGCGGUGUUUUGUGACAAUGGCACAUGGUCUUCCGAAAUUGGACGUUGUUUGAAAGCGUGUAAGCCUAGAUUAAGUUCCUCAACUGUACGUGUAACAUGCAGUUAUAACGACAAAGAAACGGAAAAUUGCACAGAUGCUGUUGAAGGUACUCUUGCGAAGUUUAAGUGUGCUCCGUUUUAUGAGGAUCUCGCACUGAAAACAAAACCUGUGCACAUUUGCCAAGAUGGAGAAUGGGAUCAACCCGAACCUCACUGUGUGCCAGUGUGUGGUCAAAAAACAGUCGAACCGACUAAGCUAAUCGUUAACGGAACUGAUGUGGCCAAAGGGGAUUACCCAUGGCAAGUGGCUUUGUAUAACAAACGGAGCAAGGAUCUUAUAUGUGGCGGGUCGCUCUUAAGCCAAAGAGUCAUUCUUUCAGCGGCGCAUUGUAUCACGGAUGAAAAAGGAGUCAUGCUUUCCAAAGAAGAUUAUGUAGUAGCUGUUGGAAAGUACUACAGAGCCUUUGACGAUAGUCGAGAUUACAACGAAGCACAAUUUUCGGAGUUGUAUGGUAUGUUUGUCGCCGAUCAGUAUAAAGGAAAUAUUCAAAACUACCUUGGAGAUAUCGCCAUAUUAGUGUCCAAAAAAAUCUUUACACUUUCACGAAGAGUUCAACCCGUGUGUUUAGACAGAGGUCAAAAUUACCACGUGAAAGACAACACCUACGGCUACGUGACUGGCUGGGGUUUCACUAUAGAAAACAACGCACCUUCGGAAGUUUUGAAAGAACUAAAAGUUCCGUCAGUUUCUCUUUCCGAUUGUCAAACCAACUUGCCAGAAGACUACGACAUAUAUCUCACGUAUGACAAAAUGUGUGCAGGAUACUUGGAAAAGGGAACGUCAGUGUGCAAAGGCGAUAGUGGUGGAGGGUUGGUAUUUAAACAUGACGGUAGAUAUUAUGUUACUGGAAUCGUCAGUCUUUCUCCUACCUCACCUUUUUUGGUAAAUGGCUGUGAUAGUCAACAAUAUGGUCUCUACACCCAGGUUUCAAAAUACAUUAACAACUUCAUUCUGGCGAAGUUAGCCGAGUACAAGAGUUAAGUUCUACAGGUCGGUUUAAUAAAGACUGAAAACUCAACAGACUACGUAUAUUUUUUUAUUCCAUUACUGAUCUGUGAGCUUAUAUAACAUCUGUCAUUUUUCCUUGUUUGUUUUUAUUUUAUAAAUUGCGCAAAUCUUUUUGGAAAUAAUAAUUUUAAUCACA